GUAUGCAUAUCUGGGGGAAAACUCCACUUGACCUGUGAUUAUUUCUGCUACACUGACUGAUUCGCAGGAACAGGAGCUCUUGAAGGUCUUACGCCAGCACAUACAGGCUUUAGGUUGGACUAUUGCCGACAUCAAGGGCAUUAGUCCAGCAUUUUGUAUGCAUAAGAUCCUUCUAGAGGAGGACUCAAAGCCCUCAAUUCAGGCACAACGGAGACUAAACCCGCACAUGAAAGAAGUAGUGCAUAAGGAGGUAAUGAAGCUAUUGGAUGCAGGUAUUAUUUACCCUAUCUCUGAUAGUACUUGGGUUAGUCCCGUGCAUGUGGUCCCUAAAAAGGGAGGAAUGACAGUAGUGAGAAACGAUAAGGAUGAGGAUGAGAUGAUAUCUACCCGAACUGUUACGGGCUGGAGAGUGUGUAUAGAUUAUAGGAAGUUGAAUGAGGCACCCUAAAGGAUCACUUCCCUCACUACUGCUUCCUAGAUGGUUACUCCGGUUAUUUUCAGAUCCCAGUAGCACCGGAGGAUCAAGAGAAAACUGUUUUUACAUGUCCUUUUGGUGUUUUUGCAUAUCGUAGAAUGCCUUUUGGAUUAUUCAAUGCACCAGCAACCUUUCAGUGGUGCAUGACUGCCAUAUUCUCUGACAUGUUAGAAUCGAGUCUUGAAGUUUUCAUGGAUGACUUCUCGACUUUUGGUACUAGCUUUGAACAUUGCUUGGCUAACUUGUCUAGAGUUUUGCAGAGAUGUGAAGAGACUAAUCUAGUCUUGAACUGGGAAAAAUGUCACUUCAUGGUGACAGAAGGUAUGGUGCUUGGUCAUCAAAUUUCGGCGAGGGGGAUAGAAGUUGAUAAAGCUAAGAUUGAAAUCAUUGAAAAACUUCCCCCUCCCAGCACAAUCAAAGGAAUUAGAAGUUUUUUUAGGUCAUGCCGGUUUUUGUCGGAGAUUUAUUAAAGACUUCUCAAAGAUUACCAAGCCUUUAUGUGAUUUGUUGGCCAAAGAUACUAUGUUUAACUUCUCUGAUGAGUGUUUGCAGGCCUUCAAUCGACUUAAGAAGGAGUUAACCUUUGCCCCCAUUAUCACUGCACCCAACUGGACUUUACCAUUUGAAAUUAUGUGCGAUGCUAGCGACUAUGCAGUCGGGGCAGUUUUGGGGCAGAGGAAGGCAAGGUAAGUUGCACGCGGUGUACUAUGCAAGUAAGCUUCUUAAUGAUGCACAAUUGAACUAUUCCACUACUGAAAAGAACUGCUUGUUGUGGUGUUUGCUUUUGAUAAAUUUCGAUCUUAUUUGAUGGGAUCGAAAACAGUUGUGUACACUGACCAUGCAGCUAUAAGGCAUCUUCUUUCAAAGAAGGAGGCCAAGCCGAGAUUGCUUCGUUGGGUUCUUCUUUUGCAGGAAUUCGACGUUGAAAUUCGGGACAAGAAAGGUUCGGCUAAUCUGGUAGCCGAUCACCUUUCUAGACUUGAGCUUGAGGCCAUUCCUAAGGACAAGGUUGAGAUCAAUGAGUCUUUUCCAGACGAGCAGCUUUAUGCUCUCCUUGUCCAACAAGCUCCCUGGUAUGCAGAUCUUGCGAACUAUCUCGCCACAGGUAAGCUCCCUGAUUUGUCUUAUCAACAACGCAAGAAGUUGAUUACUAUUGCCAAGAAUUAUAUAUGGGAAGACCCCUUCCUGUAUAAGCAUUGCGCUGAUACCAUGGUAAGACGAUGUAUCCCUGAAUGUGAGGUAAAGUCAGUGCUAAAUUUCUGUCAUAGUAUGGCCGCAGGAGGCCACUUUGGACCUCAUAGGACAGCAGCAAAGGUGUUACAAUCUGGAUUUUAUUGGCCUUCUCUAUUUCGAGAUGCCCGUGAUUUUGUUGCUCAAUGUGAUAGGUGCCAAAGAACAGGGAACAUAUCUGCAAGGAUGGAGAUGCCGCAGACCUCGAUUUUGGAGGUAGAGAUGUUUGAUGUAUGGGGAGUGGAUUUCAUGGGGCCAUUCCCACCGUCUUUCAACAACAAAUAUAUCUUAGUCGCAGUCGACUAUGUAUCCAAGUGGGUGGAGGCAGUGGCGUUGCCCACCAAUGACUCAAAGACGGUGGUGAAUUUCAUGAGGAAGAACGUGUUCACCAGAUUCGGAGUCCCUCGAGUUCUCAUCAGUGACGAGGGGACACACUUCAUGGGAAAGGAGUUGAACACGUUGCUGGCCAGAUAUGGGGUUAAGCAUCGAGUUGCUACACCCUAUCAUCCACAAACCAGUGGGCAAGUGGAAGUUUCCAACAGAGAACUGAAACACAUUCUGGAUACGACGGUGAAUUCAACAAGGAAAGAUUGGGCAAGGAAGUUAGAUGAUGCACUCUGGGCUUACCGGACUGCGUUCAAGACUCCUUUAGGCAUGUCUCCGUACAGAUUGGUGUUUGGAAAAGCUUGUCACUUGCCCGUCGAGCUCGAGCAUAAGGCGUAUUGGGCUAUCAAGAAGCUGAACUUUGAUCUAAAAACUGCUGGAGAGAAGCGCCUGUUGCAACUGAAUGAGCUCGACGAGAUUAGGCUUAAUGCCUAUGAAAAUGCCCGGAUUUAUAAGGAGAAAACCAAGAAGUGACACGAUCACCACAUACUGAGAAGAGAGUUCAAGGUGGGAGAGAAGGUAUUACUUUUCAACUCACGCCUUAAACUCUUCCCUGGAAAAUUAAAGUCAAGGUGGUCCGGAUCAUUUACGGUGACCAAGGUGUACCCACAUGGUGCAAUCGAGAUUCUUGGUGAUCAAGGGGCGUUUAAGGUGAAUGGUCAGAGGAUCAAGCACUAUAUUGAAGGGGUUUCCGUCCUGGAAAUCUCAACAUAUCAUCUGGAAUGAGCUAUUUUACGUCAAGCUAGCGACGCAAAACAAGCGCUUCUUGGGAGGCAACCCAAGGUGAGUUUUUCUUUCAAUUUUUUUUCAUUUUUUAGUUUUAGGGUGUGUCGAGAGGCUCUCCGCCAAAAUUCAGCUCCAAAAGCCUUGAGGAAUGUAUUAUUUGUUGUUUUGUAGGUACACGGGCAGGCUGUUUUUUGCACAGGGAGGCUGCAAAAUGAGCACAGGCAAACCGCAAAUGUGGGGGGAUGACUAAUCUGAAAGUUUUGGGGGGGAAGGACUGAUCUGACAUUUUUGAAAAGGAAGGGGGGUCUGAAAGGGAGAAAGUCCGUUUCUCAAAAAAAAAAUAAAAUAGUAGCAGCGCAGCGUUUCGGAUUCGAAAAAAAAAAUUGAAACCGAGUCGGGGUCGGGCUCCUUCCCCCUUCCCCGACUUCCCCUUCUUCCCCCCCCCCUUCUUUGCCGAGCAGCAACAGAGCGCCGCCAGACAGCCCAGCCAACCGCCGCGCCGUCGAGGAGCAGCUCGUCGCCUCCAUCCCCAGGCCUCCGCGCCGCCGAACUCCGCCUCGUCGAGGCUGCGUCGUCGGGUCGCGCGACCAGACCCCGCGACCACAGCCCCUCGCCGCCGCAUCUUUUGUCCACCGCGCCGGCUCCCUCUCGCCGUAGUGCCGCCCCACCUGCUCGGAGCUCCCGCCUCGCGGCGCCGCAACCCCCAACAAAAGAGCGCCUGUUCGAGCAGCAGCAGAAGCGUCCAGCCCCACCACAGCGCUCGACCAGCAUCGGCGGGCCCUAUCUCCGGCGGUCGUCGCCGGAUUCCAUCGUCGCCGCCCACCCAGCGCCCCAACCCAAUCCCUCCACCGCCUCCUAUCACCCCCUUCCCCCAGGUCUGAUUUGAAAAACCUAGAAGUUGAAGAAUCAAGAACAGAAGAAAAU